CUGGUGCGCCAACAACGUAGCAACCCACAGAGAAGGGAACCUUUAGGUUGCGCUCAAACCAAGAUCAUAAAUCAUGACCAGUCGCUCGCUCGUCGCGAAUCAGGCCAAACAUCAGAGAAUAAACGUGGGUGCAACAAGUUAUGAGAUUUUUUUUUAUUUCAUCAGAGUUUGUGCAAAAUUAGUUAAGUAAAUUUAUUGUAUUUAUAGUAAAUGUGACAUAAACUCUAGUCAUUUAAUAAAAGUAUCAAAUAUUUUUAAAACCUGGAAUGUUUAAACCAACAAAGUUAAAUUAUCAGUGUAAACUAUAUUAGUUGUAAGAGUUUUUAAUCCGCAAUGUGUAAUAACGAAAGCCCUCCACCGGCAAAAGAACCAUUAGCAAUAGGCUUAGGUGUUGGUGUUGGUGGUACUAUGGCUGGAUUCUUGCCAUUUGAACACUAUCGGCUCCAAUUAUAUCAUUAUGCUUCAAUGGCCGAAAGAUUAAGAUUAGCUCAUCAGUUACAUCCACAACAUCCUGGAGUAGGACAUCCUACAUCUGGAGGACCAGGAUCUCAUCUUGGAAUGUCUCCAGGUUUUUCCGCACCUCUUCCAUUGUAUCCAGCGGCUGCAGCCGCAGCUGCUGUUGCAAGCUAUCCCAAUAGACUCGCUUUAUCUAUGGCUUUACUUCAUCCUCAUCAUCCUCGUAUGCCGGAAGAACCUAAACCGCAACAUAGUUAUAUCGGACUUAUUGCGAUGGCGAUUUUGUCAUCACCGGAUAAGAAACUUGUGUUAUCUGACAUCUAUCAGCACAUUCUAGAUAACUACCCGUAUUUUAGAAGUCGUGGACCAGGUUGGAGGAAUUCUAUAAGACAUAACUUGUCGUUGAACGAUUGCUUUGUUAAAUCUGGAAGGAGUGCUAAUGGUAAAGGCCACUAUUGGGCCAUCCAUCCAGCUAAUUUGGAAGACUUUCGUCGUGGUGACUUCCGACGACGCAAAGCUCAAAGAAAAGUACGCCGCCAUAUGGGUCUUGCUGUUGACGAAGAACCAGACAGUCCGAGCCCACCACCUUUACCAGCAACUCCACCACCGCCGACGGGUCUGGUUGGUCCCUCGGUUACUUCGCAGCCGAUAGCGGCCCUUUGGAGUCCUCAACAUCAUCACCAUCAUCACCAAGCUCAGCAGUCCAACAAUCAUCAGUUACAGCAAUUAUCUCCACAAAGUCCACAUUCACAGCAUCAACAUCAACGUCAUAUUCAAAAUCUUCCUCUGUUGAGAAUGUCCUAUCAACCAUCUCGAAAACGUCAAUUUGACGUUGCUAGUCUUCUUGCGCCAGAUGACCAACAAAUCGAUGACGUUGAGUCUGUUGUUAUCAGAACAACCAAAACGCGGAAAUAUAGUUGCAGUGAGGAUGAGCAAGAAACUGACCAUAUAGAUCAAGAUGACGAAGAUAUUGACGUGGACGUUGAUGUGGUUGCUGAAGCAAAUCCACUACCUUCGCCUGGCACACCCAGUGCAAGCCCUGAUACCAAAAUGAUUUCACCCAGCAAUCAGUGUGAUUGGAAUGAGCCGACGGCAAUAAAAACAACACAACCACUUUCAUCAAUGCAUCUUCACAAUCAUUUGCAUAUUAGAAAUUAUUAUAUUCAAGCAAACGCGACGUCAACUUCUAGCGUUUAAAUAUAAUAAGACAUAUAUAUUAAUAAAUAUAUUUAUAAAUUGUGUACAUAAAAUCUUCAUAUUGUAAAUAUUAGAAAAAAACUAAAUGCUGAUCUCGGCUGUUCAAAGUGUAAAAUAGUAAGUGUAAAAAAUGUAUAUCAUUAUCAACAUGUAACUUUAAUUUGUCGACAUAAAAAAAUUAAAAUCAAAUUGUGUAUUAAUUAAAAAAAAUGUUCGUCAUAAAUCAAUCAUCUUAAAAAUAUAUCAAAUUUUAAAUUCAAAUGAUUCCGUAAAAUUACAUGUAUUUUGAUCGUAUGUACAAAAAUUGCGUCUAAAACUAAUAUGUAUAUAUAGAAUUUAA